CUUUAUCCAUUUACCCAGGCAAGGGAUUCUUUUGGCACGACUGGCACCAGUGCCGUGAUCAACGGAGUUGAGUUUCGCAUGGCUUCUCAAAAAACAGUAUUGUACAGGCCUGGUCAAACGUUCAAAAGUCCACUCCGAAGACUGCCUCUGCCGGCAGUGCCGCCACAGGUCUUAGCCAAAAAGACUGUGCCAGAGCAGGUCGCUGAGAUGAAAGAAUGGUUCAAGGCUUGGAGGGACCAGAAUUACAAAGUGCGGGAUUACAGAAAGUACUUCAAACCUAUUCUUUGCUACCUUGAAGGCAAAUGGCUGAAGAGUCAAGGAGACGACAAACUGCCUUUUUCACAGUCCUUUUUAUCCAACGAGGAACGCGCCCGGUACCAAGCCUACAGCGGAGCCAUUCCAGUAGAGAGACAUACCUUUAGACCAACGUCUAUCGUCGACUUUGAGAACGGUAAACCCGUGUUUGCUACUUGGGACUACAGAGUUUUGUGUCACCCGGUGACUCAAGACAUCCCCACCAGUACCUUCCGCGUUGCUGAUGACUUGAGUAUACGGACCGCAAGGAAAUUGACUCUGGCUCAACUCUCACGUAGUGAUAUAGCCAAGUUCCAGCUUAACCCACUGAAUCGGCCAUGGAAAGCAAAUUCAGAGUUCGACGACUCCGAUUAUGAAUUUCUCGAUCAGCUGAUGUCUCAGGUCCCGGGUCCAAAUAACUACGACGGAAAGUUGUAUGACGAUUCGUUCUCCAAACCAACCCACCCUUUUACCGCUACCAACAACAAUGCUGCCAAGGUGAGAAUGAAGUAA